AUUUACCUUUUGAUUCUAAUUUUCAUUACAACCCCCAUGACCUGAAUUUUUAAAAUGGCGGACAGUAAAUAUUUGUGAAAAUUGUACAGGUAAACAAGAUUGCAGAGAUGUUACUUAGAAUUACCAUUUGCCUGUUGUAUUUGUGGACAGCAUCUGCAGUAAAUCGUCCACCGAACAUCUACCUACAGCCGUUAGAUAAAGAUAUUUACUACAAGCCGGGAGAGUCAGUUGAGAUAUUAUGUAUAGCUGAUGGUAUACCGAAACCAAAGUAUCUGUGGAAACGUAAUGGAGAAUCAUAUAAUCCCAGCGGUCAAGAUGACCGUGUGGUCCAGCUGCCUAAUCAAGGUACCAUAGUGUUCAACAGUCCCGAGGAUAAAGACGAGGGUAUAUUUCAGUGUUUCGCCGACAAUGGUUAUGGAAUCUCUGCCUCAGUUAAAAUCAACUUGAGAGAGGCUAAAUUAAAGAAGUUUGCCUAUGAGCCUAGACGCACAAGCAGAGUUGCUGCUGGAAAGGAUCUGACAUUGCCCUGUACCCCGCCCCAGAGUUACCCACCAGCAGAUGUAUACUGGGUGUUAAAGGAGCCUGAUGGCAGAUGGCAGGCAAUCAACUUUGACAAAAGAGUCAGUAUGGAUAUUGAAGGAAAACUAAGAUUCACAAAUGUGAAGAAGUCAGAUGAACAAGGCGGACGGGCGUACUCCUGUAUGGCUAUCAACUACUUCAUGAGAGAUAAUGCAAUUGGUCCAGAACAUGUGGUGGAGGUCUUAGGAUCCACAGAACAAAAGCGUCCAGCCCAUGAGUUGUGGACGUCACCUAGUGACCAGUUCUUUGUGAAGGGUGGAACGCUACGCCUCAAAUGUAUUUUUGCUGGAAACCCAACACCAGAUGUGUACUGGGAGAAACUUAAAGGAACAUUUCCUGACCGAGCAAAAUUUAAGAGUUUUGGACAGGAAUUACACAUCAGCAAUGUUCAGGAAUCAGACGCUGGACAGUAUGAGUGUAUGGGUCUGAACACAGAGUCCACACAGAGAGCUACAAAAGCCUUUGAUGUUAGAAUUGAAUCUGCACCAUAUUGGGUAGAGGAACCAGUGGAAGUUGAGGCCAGUAUCAACGAAAAGGCAACGUUUAUCUGCAAGGCUGGUGGCGACCCUAAACCUGCAUAUGCUUGGUACAUCAACGGUGUCGCACUGGAAGAUAGGCAAAAUGAGGUCGGGGUUCGAGAUCCACGUAUCUAUAACAACAACCGGUUCUUUAAGAAAGACGCGCACAAUAUAACCCUGACGAAUCUCACCUUAGAAGAUCACAUGAACAUCCAGUGUAACGCCAGUAACAAACAUGGAUAUGUGUUCUCCGAUGUCUACCUCAAUGUACUUGCUGAGAAACCAACAAUUAUCAAACCACCUCCAGCCAGUAGAAAGGUAGCAGAAAGUAAAUCAGUGACUCUCGACUGCUUAGUGACAGGAAAACCAGACCCGACAGUCACUUGGUACAGGGAUCAGAGUCUUAUUACAGGAGGACGGUUUCAAAUUCUGCCAAAUGGGAACUUGCAUAUUGAGAAAGUGGUGAUGGCAGAUGCAGGUGAUUAUCGGUGUAGGGCAAAGAACAUAUAUGGUGAAGUGACUUCAUCCACUUGCAAAACUCAGAUCAGACGAAAAACAAGGAUUGAACAGUAUCCAUUAGAUCUGGAAGUAAUCGCAGGCUAUGAUGCCAAGUUUACAUGCUCAGGAUCUACCGAUUUUGAUGAAGCGGCUAACAUGGAGGUGUACUGGGAGAAAGAUGAUAAACGUGUGUCGAUAAAUGAGCAGAGGAUGACACAAAACUUCCAGGAUAAUUCCUUGACUAUUUCGGGAACGAUUGUCAGGGACUCUGGAGUUUACACCUGCAUAAUCAAAACUGGUUUAGAUGAAGACAGGGCAUAUGCUAUUUUAACCGUUAAAGAUCGGCCUGACCCUCCAUCAGGAGUUGAAAUAGAAAGAUGUCGCGAUUCUUCCGCUGACCUUAAAUGGAUCAAGGGCAUCGAAAACAAUGCACCAGUUCAGUACUUCAUUGUUCAGUACACGACCUCAUUCAACCCCGACCAGUGGGUCUCGGCGAAAACUGUUGAUUACUCUCAAAAUACAGCUACUAUUGACCUUCAGCCGUGGGCAAACUACACGUUCAGGGUGAUAGCAACAAAUAAAAUUGGUGCAAGUUCUCCCAGUGAGAAGACGAAGAAAGUUUGCCGUACAAAUCCAGCUCAACCAGAUAGAAAUCCACAGAACGUGAGGAAUAUUGGAGACACAAGAAACAUGCUCAAAAUUCAGUGGAUUCCAAUGAACGAGUUGGAACAUAACGGACCUGGGUUUAAGUACCAGCUGACAGUGAAGGAACGAGGAAGUACACGGUCAGAAACAUAUAAUAUAGACAACUGGAGAAAUGAUACAAUAGAGAUACCAAAGAGCAAGCCGUAUACGCCAUACCUGGUUAAACUACAGGCCAAAAAUAAUGUUGGAGAUGCGAAAGAAGAUCCAACUGAAUAUACACUGUACUCUUAUGAAGACAUACCAAAAGUGCGGCCGUCUGAAGUGGAUGUUACAGAUAUAGGUAAUACAUUUGCUACGCUCACUUGGAAAUGGGAUUCAUUAUGGCAGGAAGAGCAAGGGGAGAUGACUCAGAUUCAGGGUCAAUUGAAAGGAUUCAGGAUCCAGUACUGGCGUACUAACGAAAAGGUGAGCACAUUCCGUGAGGUUGAAGUUCCUCUCGCGGAAGUGAUGCCUAAAGAUCCUCCACCAUCCGGCAUGAUGAUACCAUCCUCAUACCUGUUAAAGAAUCUCUCACCAUACAGCAAUAUGCAAGUUCAAAUCUGUGUCAUCAACAACUUUUUCGUCGGCCCACCAAGUGAUGCCAAAGGAUUUAAUACAUUUGAAGGAGUGCCUGGUCCUGUACCCAAGUUUGAGGCUCGGGUGAGAACUAGUAAUUCCUUUGUACUGUUCUGGCAGAGACCAGACAAUGAAGAUCUCAAUGGUAUAAUUACAGGUUAUGACCUCGGAUAUCAAACAGUUGAGGGUCUAGAGCUCGGAGCUUUCCAUGACCGUGAAGAACAGAUCAAUGACCCAAUGGCAACACAGGCUGUACUGAGUGGUCUGUUACCAGAUAGGAAAUACCGAGUUCAUAUAUUUGCCCGUACCAGAUACGGCCGUGGAGAAGGCGUUUUUAUAGAAGUGUCGACAACAAGCAAAGCAGCCCUCGGCUCACCUGUGUUUGAUGUUAAGGAUAUAAUGGAGACGUCAAUCAAUGUGACAUGGGCACCAGGAGCUAGCACUGGAGCACAUGUGGUGUAUUACGUAGAAUUCAGAAAGGAUGGUGCUGCCGACUGGCAGAGGUCCAAUGAUGAGGUGAUGAGAAACUACAAAAACCUCAAUAAUCUUGAGAAAGGAACUUACUAUGAAAUACGAGUGGUGGCCUUCGAUGGGUACAACCGUGCUGCUAGUGAGAGUCAGGUUGUCGGAACUGUUGGCUUUGCUGCAGCAAGGGCAGUGGCCGCAAACUAUGGUUGGUUCAUUGGCAUGUUGAUAUCGGGUUUGAUAUUCAUCGGAAUUGUUAUAUUUAUAUACUUCAUACACAGACGUAGGAAGGAUGUAGAGGAAAUACCUAAAACAAGAAAAGGAGCUGUUAUCAAAGACAAUGCACCGAUGCGAAGGGACGAUGACUUCGAUAGGGACUCAAGGGGACAGUAUAAUGACUAUUACAAAGAUGACAGAAAAAGAUAUAGAAAUGAACGCUACGAGGAUUACGAAAGAGAGAAAUACGAUUCACGUGAUGAGCCGGUGGCAAGAGGAAUUUCUAAUCAUGACUACGAUGAGAAACAUGGCGGUUACCAUGACGACCAUGACCGUGAUGAUUAUAAUAGGGACUCUUACAAGGACGAUUAUAGGGAUUCGUAUAGAGAUGAUUAUGACCGGGAUUCAUAUAGGGACGAUUAUGAUAGGGAUUCAUACAGGGACGAUUACGAUGAUAGGGACCGUCAUUAUGAUGAUGAUGAUUAUGAUAGAGACUACAAACGUGAGAAAGACGGAUAUGACGACUAUGAUGAAGAUCGAGAACCUCCGCGGUAUGACCGAGCCCCAAAGUACGAUCGGGAAAUGAGCGACGAUCGGAACAGAGUGAGCAUAGAUGGCGAGAAGGAGUAUCAAAGCGAACCCUCCAAGUUUGACGACGAAGGCGCACCGAUUGAAAAGCCGGCGUCUACAUUCGUGUAAUAAACUGUGUAUAUAGCAGCAUUCAGUUUAAUGGAACUUAGUCAGUGACAUAUGCAUUGAAAUACUGACAUUUCAAUCUGUAAAAUAUUUUUUUGUAAAAUUCCCAUUCUGUUCAAAAUAAUAGGGAAAUAAUUUCAGGUAAUAUAUUAUGAAAUCAUUUUCUUUAUAGAUACCUGCUCAACUGUUUGUCAGAUGAUAAAUAUCUUUGCAACUUACUAACUUGAACUCAAAAUCUAGACUUUUUUAAAAUAAAUAUUUCGAUACAUAAUAAUUUUAUAUGAAUGUUUCUUUAAACCAGCCAUACUGAGUGGUUUAAUGUAAUUUAAACAUAAAUAAUAUCAUAAAUGACCUAAUAAUAAUAAUACAUUAUCAUGAAUAUGCUGAAUAGUAUUACAAUUUUGCAUAUUUGUUACGCAGUUAUUUUGCUUAACCAAUCAGAUUUAUUGUUGGAAACAUAGUAGUACUGCCUUAAAUAUAUAGAACAUUUUAUGAUUUAGGUUGACCAUGGUCAUCAGAUUAAUUAUUAAAAAGCUAUUCAUGUCUGCUAUAUAUAGUUCAUAUCAUAAUUAGGGGUUGAAAUUUCAGAUUCAUUAUUGAAUAAUAUAUAAAUAUCAUAUGGCAGCGUGUGUGACAUUGAUAUUGUCAACCCGAGGGCAGAAUGUCACCCGAGGCGAAAGCCGAGUGGUGACAUUCUGUUUCGAGGGUUGACAAUAUCAAUGUCGCACACGCUGUCAUAUGAUAUUUAUUUUAUUAUACCGAACAAAAUUAAGCACAUAAAAAAGUUUUUAAAAAGUUUUUAAUUCAUUUAAUACAACAGUUUCAUCUUUAGCGCGGUAACCACCUGUGUACACAUUGAAUAGUGACGUCAUUACAAUAUGACAUUGUGUACAAGGGAGGUAAUCAUUUGACCAAAAAAAUGAAGCAGUUAUUUGCCCUUAUAUGACAUUCAAAAUAUCAGCGCGGUCACAUGACCUGACAGUCACUUUUGCUAGGUCACGUGUCAAAAAUGUUGAAAAUGUUUCUGAUAGUCAAAAUAUCUCUUUUUCGGGUAAUGGGAUUUUACCAUUGUAGACAAAAGUGAGGUAUAAUAAUUUAUAAUGUCUGGUGUAUUUAGUACAUAUCAUAUUUCAGGUAAACCAAACAGGUUUAUGAAUUAUUAUGCUAUUUUUAUACAUAUCACCAUAGCAUUUUGCUGCUCAAAAGCAAUUGUACAUUUUGUAAAUAUUUGUAUGUUUGAUAUGUUAAGAGUGUAUGACAUUACAAUCUACAACUGCAUUUUAUAAAAUGCCUUUCUUGAAAGCCUGAAUACGUAUUUUAGAUCUGUGAACAUUUACACAAUACUACUGCAAUACUUCCAUUUUAUCACAAAAUUCCAGUUUUCAUUUUAUUCCAGAUUAAAAAUAUUUAAAAAAAACCCAACAAGUUUUGUAAAAAAGCAAAUACUUUCAUGUAAUCUUUAAAGACCUUUAAAGGGGCAUACAUCUAGAUUAAUGGCUAAUUCUUCUUAAAUGUGGAAAACUCUUUGAAUUGUUAAUAACUUGAAAUGAGAAGUAUAACUGAAGUAACUUAGUGAGUUCAAGGCAAUAUUUAUUUAUUUAAAAACUCUGUUGUAAUUCGUAAAAUAAGGAGAAAAUUCUCAAAAAUGCAAGUCACACAUUGAAACAUUUGAUGUCAUCGAAAAAUAGAGAGAGUUUAGUUGUCCUUUAUAUCAUAAUUUCCAUAAUAUUGAUUAGUUUUUGAUAAUUUAUAGACAUCGCAAUCUGUUUUUAAAAAAAAUGACUUUGUGUUCUUUUUGAGGUAUGCCCCUUUAAAGAAAAAGCAUUUUUUGAAGAAAUUUUUGUGGGUAUUUAUAAUUAUUUGAUUUCAGUCAUGCAGUUUUUUUUUUCGAAUAUAGUGCUACAAUUGAUCAAUAAUGUACAUAGAGCAUGAUUUGUAAAGAUUAGACAGUUUUAGUUUUUCAUGGGAUAUAUAUUUUUACUCACAGACCAUGCAGACUGGUGUUUCAGAAAACAAUUGUACUGAAUUAAGCAUAUCUGUAGUUAAUACAUUCCAUUUUACACAAUAAUCAUUUGUAUUUUAUAGCAUAUUUUUUUCUAAUAAAAAUAUUUGUACCAA